AUGCCCGUCUUGCAAGUCACCGUCAAGUGGAGCGGCAAGAAGUUCGAUGCCAUCGAGCUCGACACGGACCAGCCCGGACUGGUCUUCAAGACCCAGCUGUUUUCCCUCACCGGCGUUGCGCCUGACCGCCAGAAGAUCAUGAUCAAGGGCGGCAUCGUCAAGGACGAUACGGACUUUAACAAGCUUGGUCUCAAAGAUGGCCAUUCAUUCAUGAUGAUGGGCACAGUCGGGGAGCUUCCCAAGGUUCCUACAACCGCAACGGUCUUCCUCGAGGACAUGAGUGACAACCAGAUUGCACAGGCACUCAAGAUUCCUGCCGGUCUUGUAAACCUGGGGAACACAUGCUACAUGAACGCAACAAUUCAGUGUCUUCGUGCCAUUCCUGAACUUUCGACGGCCCUUUCAGCGCUACCUGCCGGAUCCGAUGGCAACACCCGACUGGCGGCCUCCCUUCGUGACCUGCUCAAGAAUCUAAGCAUCUCGAGCGACUCGAUCACGCCGCUGGUGUUCCUGCAGGUCCUUCGUCUGGCUUACCCUCAGUUUUCCCAGGCCGAUAACCGUGGGUUCAUGCAGCAGGACGCUCAGGAGUGCUGGAGCCAGCUUGUCUCGUCGCUCAAGGGUGCCGUUCCAGGACUCUGUCUGGACGGAACAGCCAAUCCAGACGCCAAGUUUGUUUCGCAGUUUCUGACCGGCGAGAUGUAUUCCAGCAUCAAAUGCGAUGAGAGCGACGAACCUGCACAGGAGGGUAUCGAGUCGUUCACAGAUCUUACUGUCAAUAUCGGUUCCGGAGUUUCGACCUAUAUGAUGACCGAUAUCCUGAACGGCCUGACUGAAAAGAUCGAAAAGCACUCGCAGGCCUUGGGGCGCUCUGCCGUUCACACCAAGUCUCGCAAGAUCUCGCGCCUUCCUGCCUAUCUCGCCAUCAACUUUGUUCGCUUCCAGUGGAAGGCCCAGGAGAGAAUCAAGGCCAAGAUUCUCAAGAAAGUCAAGUUCCCGUUCGAGCUCGAUAUUUCUCCAUGUUGCACUGCGGAGUUGCAAGAAAAGCUGUCUCCGGCCAAGGCUCACCUCAAAGCUGUGUCUGACAAGAAGGCUGAUGCCAAGAAAAAGCGCAAGGCCGGCAGCGAGACCGAGGCUUCGCAGAAGAUGGACAUUGAUGCAGCUCCCCAGAGCGACCAAGUUGCGCUGAUGAAGGAUAUCGGCGUGGAUUCAAGUUUGAUCGACGACGUGGGCUGCAAUAGCUCGGGAGUGUAUGAUUUGGUUGCUGUCCUGACCCACGUUGGACGUGCCGCCGACUCGGGCCACUACAUCGGAUGGGUCAAGCAGGACAACAGUGAUGAGUGGUGGAAGUUUGACGACGACAAGGUCUCCAUGGUCAAGCAGGACGAUAUCACGAAGCUCGAGGGUGGCGGCGACUUUCACACCGCUUACAUCUGUUUGUAUACUCGCAAGAAGCUGGAAUCGCUGGAUCAAAUCAACUAG